AUGCCUUCGAUUACGCCGCAGCGGCGAGAGAGGGAGGACGACGACGAGAACUCGAUGCCAUCAGACCAAGGAACUCGCUCCACCAACAAGCGACAACGACGAGAUGUAAGCGACGAGGAAGACGCGGACGAUGAUGAGACGGAGCGCCCCUUGUUCCCAGAUAGCUAUCGCCGCUCGCCGAAAGGCAAAGGCCCCAACGAUACCCAGGAACACAAGGCCGGCUCGAUUGUGCGCGUGACACUUACCGAUUUUGUCACCUACACGAAAGCCGAAUUCCACCCAGGACCGAAUUUGAACAUGGUCAUCGGACCUAAUGGAACCGGCAAGAGCACUCUGGUCUGCGCCAUCUGCCUCGGACUCGGCUGGCCACCACAGCACCUUGGUCGCGCAAAAGAUAUCAGCGAGUUUGUUAAACACGGCGCGAAAAAGGCCAAGAUCGAGAUUGAGCUCAAAGCCGAUCCAAAGGGCGACUCGCACAAUCCCGUCAUCACCACCAUAAUCAACAGGGAUGGAGGGAAAUCUGCCGAAUCCAAAACUCAGUUCCUCCUCGAUGGCAGGAAGAGCACCAAGAAGGCGGUCAUGGAUCUCGCUCGCAGCUUUUCAAUUCAAGUCGACAAUCUGUGCCAGUUUCUCCCGCAAGACCGCGUGGUCGAAUUUGCUGCGCUUUCCCCCAUCGACCUACUUGUGGAGACGCAGAGAGCCGCUGCACCGGAGCAGAUGUCAAAGUGGCACGAGCAAUUGAAGGACAUGCGGAAGAACGAGAAGAUCAAGCAGAGUGAGCAGCAAAGCGGCAUUGAGCAACUGAAGAGCAUGGAAGACAGGCAGAAGUCACAAGAGGUGGAGGUAGGUCGUAUGCGUGACCGAACAGUCUACCUGGAGAGGAUCGGUGCUCUCAAGAAGAUGAAACCUUUAGUGGACUGGGUGAUGCUCAAGAAGGAAUACACAGCGGCAAAUGACAGGAGGAAGGUUCUUCGACGGGAGGUGAAGAGCUUAAAAGAUCUGGCCGAACCAAAGCGGCAAGCAGUCGCCAUGAAACAAGAGUAUCUUACUCAGGUGACCCAGGUGUCCGAGCUGCGCGCUAGGCUACUGGAGAGGACCGAGCGAGAUGUCGAGGUCAAGCGAUCCAAAAUCGACAAAUCUCAGAAAGAGCUCGAGGAGAAGGAGAGAGAGAUCAAGGCAGAGAAGGAAGGUGGCGCUAAGGGCAAGCAAGAUAUGAUCAAGCUUCAGGCCGCGAUUCGCCAGCUGACAGUAAGCAUGGCAAGUCCUCCGGCCGAAUUCGACCCUGCAGCUAUGAAUGAGAGGAUUCGAGCGCUGAGAACGCACAAACGCGGCGUUCAGACGACUUUGAACAAUCUCGGGGCUGAGCUUGACACCUUGACCGAGAGCCGAAGACAGAUACAGGUGACCAUCGAGAACAAGAACGAGGAGGAGCAAAGUCUGCUGUCACAAGCAGGUCGGCAGACCACCAAGCUUGCGAGGGGAUCAAGGGAUGCCGCCACGGCGUGGGAAUGGAUACAGAAGCAUCGAGGCAGCUUUUCCGGAGAUGUUUUCGGACCUCCCAUGAUCGAAUGCACCGUGAAAGAUGCGAGGCUCGUGGACGCCGUGGAGCAGGUGAUCGGGAAUUCAGAGCUUCAGGCAUUCACAGUGACCAGCCUGGCAGAUUUCAAGAUGCUCUUGAACCAGCUGCAAAACGUCAUGGGACUGUCUGACGUUAGCGUGCGCGUAUCGCUGGGAAAUAUGGCCUCCUUCCGCGCGCCACAUUCGGAUGAGGAGCUCCAUGCGCUAGGGUUUGAGUGCUGGAUGAUCGACAUGAUCGAAGGACCCGAAGCCGUGCUUGCAAUGUUGUGCGACAAUCGCAACCUCCAUCAGACCGCUUUUGGUAAUCAGCCAGUGCCAGACACCAUGGAGAAGGAAUUGGAGCGCAGCUCGAUCAGUGCCUAUGCAACAUCAUCGAAGUUGUACAACAUUACUCGCCGCCGCGAGUACGGCGACGGCGCGGUCGUUACCCGCGUCACCGCUAUCAAGAAAGCGACUGCUUUGACCGACGCGCCCGUGGAUCAAGAAGUUCAACGUCAGGUGAAACGUGACAUCAGCGAGAACAAAUACAAGAUUGAACAAAUUGACGAGGAGCUUCAAGGUUUGCAAGCGAAAGUGGCACAGACCGAGAGGGAAUUGACCCAGGUCAACGAAGAGAUCAAAGCUCUGGAGCAAGAGAAGAAAACGAAACAGGAUCAGGACACCCACUUCAAAGGAUUGCCAACAAAGCUGGAAGGCGUUCAAAACAAACUCGACAGCGCGAGGGAGUCUCUAACGCACCUGAGCGCGCGGGUGCUGAAGAUCAAGGAGGCGCAGGAUAAGCUGUCCCAGGACAUAGGCCAGCAAUGUCUCGACUACGCGAACGCCGUCUUGGGACUCCGUGAUCUCAAUUUCAAGCUCUUCGAGGCGGAGAUUAUGCGAAUUGAAGCCAAGUCGGAUCAUGAGCAGCUGAAAGCACAGCAAGCGGACGAAGAACGACUGCUCAAGGAGCGUACGAAAGAAAUGGACGAAGUGGUGGAAAAAACAGCCCAGCUCUUGCAACAAGUCCGUGAUGAUGCUGAGAAGUGCAAACGCAUUGGCGAAACCUUCACCCCAGCCGAGACUGAUGUACAGAGGGAGGUCGCUGAGUGGGAGCCGCAAAGACUGGAGACCGAGAUUGUGGCCGUACAAGCGCAACUUGACUUGCUCCACGGCGGUAACGAGAACAUCAUCCGCGAAUACGAACAACGUGCGAAGAAUAUCGACGCCAAGCGAGCCAAGCUCGACGAGGUUGAGGCGUCGCUGAACGAGCUCACCUCCGAGAUUACCAAAGUCAGGGACCUUUGGGAGCCACAACUUGACCACUUGAUUGCUCAGAUCUCAGAUGCGUUUGCUGAAAACUUUGCGGGGAUCCAAUGUGCCGGGGAGGUCGGCGUGUUCAAAGACGAUGACUUUGAGAACUGGGCCAUCCAGAUCAAAGUCAAGUUCAGAGAGAACGAACAGCUCAGCAUCCUGGACUCUCACCGCCAAUCCGGUGGCGAGCGUGCCGUCUCCACCAUCUUCUACCUCAUGGCAUUGCAAAGCCUCGCCAGAGCACCAUUCCGUGUUGUGGACGAAAUCAAUCAGGGCAUGGAUCCACGCAAUGAGAGACUCGUUCACUCCCGUAUGGUCGACAUCGCCUGCGCCGAGCAUACUAGCCAGUACUUUCUCAUCACUCCGAAACUGCUCAACAACCUCAAGUAUCACCGGAACAUGAAGGUGCACUGCAUCGCUUCCGGGGAGUACAUGCCGGACGACCAUCGGAAGUUGGACUUUGGCGAGCUGGCGAAGAAGGCAUUGGCUAUCAAAGGCGGAGCUGCAUGA